AUAGCCUCCAAGUGUCUCCAAUCAAUCAAGAGACAGGAUUCUCUUGGGGGAGGGGGUGCUGGCUCCCCUCUUCCCUUUAUCCCUCGGGAGAAAUGGAGCCUUCAAGUCCCUCCUGGACUCAAUUCCCCCGGGGCCUUCUCCAAAAGGGGCCCCAGGAGUGAUGACAGAAUGUGGUUUUAGAGGAAGUGGGCAAGAGGGCAGACCGAGGUUAUUCCAGAACCCCGGCCGAGCCGGACCGGGCAAAGAGCCCGAGCCUGGGAGAGUCAUCCUGGGACUGGCCGAGAAGAGCUCCAAGGGGCGGGCCAGGGUCAGCGAGCGGCCCUGGGCCGGGGGCGGAGAGGUCGGCAGCCCCGAGGCCGGGAAGUGAGGGGUGUGAAUCGUCCCCGCGGGCCCUGGUGUCGUUGCAAAGGAAGGGACUGCGAGAAGACGCGGGAUCCUUCUCCCAGGACAGCCAGUCCUUUCUGUAGCCGCCCCUGCGAGCCGCCAUGUCUUCCUCAGACGAAGAAACGCUCAGCGAGCGGUCCUGUCGGAGUGAGAGGUCAUGUCGGAGCGAGCGAUCUUACCGGAGUGAGCGGUCAGGGAGCCUGUCUCCCUGUCCCCCCGGGGACACCUUGCCCUGGAAUCUGCCACUGCAUGAGCAGAAGAAGCGGAAGAGCCAGGAUUCGGUGCUGGACCCUGCAGAGCGUGCUGUGGUCAGAGUCGCUGAUGAGCGGGAUCGAGUUCAAAAGAAAACGUUCACCAAGUGGGUCAACAAGCACUUGAUGAAGGUUCGCAAACACAUCAAUGAUCUAUAUGAAGACCUUCGGGAUGGACACAACCUGAUCUCCCUGUUAGAGGUUCUCUCGGGCAUCAAACUGCCUCGGGAGAAGGGCAGGAUGCGUUUUCACAGGCUGCAGAAUGUGCAGAUUGCCCUGGACUUCUUAAAGCAGCGGCAGGUGAAGCUAGUGAACAUCCGCAACGACGACAUCACGGAUGGCAACCCCAAACUAACCCUGGGGCUCAUCUGGACCAUUAUUUUGCAUUUCCAGAUAUCUGAUAUCUACAUUAGUGGGGAAUCAGGGGAUAUGUCAGCCAAGGAGAAACUACUCUUGUGGACUCAGAAAGUAACAGCUGGUUACACAGGAAUCAAAUGCACCAACUUUUCUUCCUGCUGGAGCGAUGGGAAAAUGUUCAAUGCACUGAUUCACAGAUACAGACCCGAUCUGGUAGAUAUGGAGAGAGUGCAAAUCCAGAGUAACCGGGAGAACCUGGAACAGGCUUUUGAAGUAGCUGAGAGACUCGGGGUCACCCGAUUACUGGAUGCAGAAGAUGUGGAUGUACCAUCUCCAGAUGAAAAGUCUGUAAUCACUUACGUGUCUUCAAUUUAUGAUGCCUUCCCCAAAGUCCCUGAGGGUGGAGAAGGGAUCAGUGCUACGGACGUGGAUGCCAGGUGGCAAGAAUACCAAAGCCGAGUGGACUCCCUCCUUCCCUGGAUCAGACAGCAUACGCUCUUGAUGUCAGAUAAAUCUUUCCCCCAGAACCCUGUUGAACUAAAGGCACUUUAUAACCAAUAUAUACACUUCAAAGAAACAGAAAUUCUUGCCAAGGAAAGAGAGAAAGGAAGAAUCAAAGAGUUAUAUAAAUUACUAGAGGUGUGGAUUGAAUUUGGCAGAAUCAAACUGCCUCAAGGCUACCACCCUAAUCAUGUAGAAGAAGAAUGGGGGAAACUCAUCAUUGAAAUGCUAGAGCGAGAGAAAUCCCUACGGCCUGCUGUGGAGAGGCUGGAAUUGCUGCUUCAGAUUGCAAACAAAAUACAGAAUGGUGCUUUGAACUGUGAAGAAAAACUGACACUAGCGAAGAAUACACUGCAGGCUGAUGCUGCACACCUGGAAUCAGGACAGCCAGUCCAGUGUGAGUCAGAUGUCAUCAUGUACAUUCAAGAGUGUGAAGGUCUCAUCAGGCAGCUGCAGGUGGAUCUCCAGAUCCUCCGGGAUGAGAAGUACUACCAGCUGGAAGAACUGGCCUUUAGGGUCAUGCGUCUACAGGACGAGCUGGUCACCCUGCGCUUAGAGUGUACAAAUCUAUACCGGAAAGGCCAUUUUACUUCACUUGAAUUGGUCCCACCCUCUACCUUAACUACUACACAUCUGAAAGCAGAACCUCUGAACAAGACAACUCAUUCUUCUACCUCCUGGUUUCGAAAACCUAUGACCCGGGCUGAACUUGUAUCUAUCUCCUCCUCUGAAGAUGAAGGCAGUCUUCGAUUUGUAUAUGAACUACUUUCUUGGGUAGAAGAGAUGCAGAUGAAGCUGGAACGAGCAGAGUGGGGUAAUGAUCUGCCUAGUGUGGAGUUGCAGCUGGAAACGCAGCAGCAUAUCCACACCAGCGUGGAAGAGCUGGGCUCGAGUGUCAAAGAGGCUAGGUUGUACGAGGGAAAGAUGUCCCAGAAUUUUCGUACCAGCUAUGUUGAAACUCUUGGAAAGUUGGAGACACAGUACUGUAAACUGAAGGAGACAUCUAGCUUCCGAAUGAGGCACCUUCAGAGCUUGCACAAGUUUGUCUCCAGAGCUACAGCUGAGCUGAUCUGGUUGAAUGGGAAGGAAGAAGAAGAGCUAGCCUGUGACUGGAGUGACAGCAACCCUAAUAUCUCAGCCAAGAAAACCUACUUCUCUGAGUUGACAAUGGAACUGGAAGGGAAACAAGAUGUAUUUCGUUCUCUACAAGAUACAGCAGAACGCUUGUCACUUGAGAACCAUCCAGCUAAACAAACAGUGGAGGCAUAUAGUGCUGCUGUCCAGUCACAGCUGCAGUGGAUGAAGCAGCUGUGCUUAUGUGUGGAACAACAUGUGAAAGAGAAUGCAGCUUACUUCCAGUUCUUCAGUGAUGCCCGAGACCUGGAGUCAUUCCUGAGAAACCUCCAAGACUCCAUCAAACGAAAAUAUACCUGCGACCACAGCACCAGUCUGUCCCGCCUCGAGGACCUGCUCCAGGACUCCAUGGAUGAAAAGGAGCAGCUUAUACAGUCCAAGAGUUCCGUUGCCAGUCUUGUUGGGAGAUCAAAAACCAUUGUCCAGCUAAAACCGCGCAGUCCAGACCAUCUGCUAAAGAGCACUAUAUCUGUGAAGGCCAUUUGUGACUACCGGCAGAUUGAGAUCACUAUUUGCAAAAAUGAUGAAUGUGUGUUGGAAGAUAAUUCUCAGAGGACCAAAUGGAAAGUGAUCAGCCCUACGGGGAACGAGGCAAUGGUGCCAUCAGUCUGCUUCAUCAUUCCCCCACCCAAUAAGGAUGCCAUUGAGAUGGCCAGCAGGGUAGAGCAAUCUUACCAGAAGGUGAUGGCCCUUUGGCACCAGCUGCAUGUUAACACCAAAAGCCUUAUCUCCUGGAACUAUCUGCGGAAGGACCUUGACCUCAUACAGACCUGGGACACAGAAAAGCUCCGUUCCUUAGCCCCAGGAGAGUGCCACCAGGUUAUGAAGAACCUCCAGGCGCACUAUGAAGACUUUCUACAGGACAGUCAUGACUCUUCUGUCUUCUCAGUAGCUGAUCGCUUGCGAAUGGAAGAGGAAGUGGAAGUUUGUAAAGCCCACUUCCAGCACCUGGUGAAAUCAAUGGAGAAUGAGGACAAAGAAGAGUCAGCAGCCAAAGUGUACAUCUCAGAGCUGAAAAAUAUCCGGCUACGCCUGGAGGAGUGUGAACAGAGACUCCUCAAACAAAUUCAGUUUCCGGCCAGCUCUAAGACUGACAGAGAUGCCAGGCAGGACAUUGCAGUAAGGAUUGCAGAGCAGGAGCACACUCAAGAGGAUUUGCAGCGUCUGAGAUCUGAUUUGGAUGCUAUUUCUAUGAAAUGCCACAUCUUUCUUCAGCAGUCUCCAUCAGGCUCAAGUGCCACCACUCUGCGCUCAGAGCUGAACCUAAUGGUAGAAAAGAUGGACCACAUCUAUGGUCUGUCUACUGUCUAUCUGAAUAAAUUAAAGACUAUUGAUGUGAUAGUACGUAGCAUACAAGAUGCUGAGCUGUUGGUCAAAGGUUAUGAGAUCAAGCUGAGUCAAGAAGAAGCCGUGCCAGCAGACCUCUCAGCCCUGGAGUCCCAUCGGGCCACACUGCAGCAUUGGCUUAAUGACGUGAAGGACAAGAAUUCAGUGUUCUCAGUCCUGGAUGGGGAAAUCACUAAGGCAAAGGAAGUGGCAGAACAGCUUCGUCACCUAACGCCAGAGCAAAACUUGGAUUUGGAGCGUUAUCAGGAGAAGGGUUCUCAGCUUCAGGAGCGCUGGCACCGAGUCCUUGCCCAGCUGGAAACCCGGCAAUCUGAGGUGGAAAGUAUCCAGGAAAUUCUGAGAGAUUACCGAGCCUGCCACGGAACUCUUAUCAAGUGGAUUGAGGAAACCACUGCCCAGCAGGAGCUGAUGAAGCCAGGCCAGGCAGAAGAUAGCCGAGUGCUGUCAGAGCAGCUCAGUCAGCAGACGGAACUGUUUGCAGAAAUUGAGAGAAAUCAGACAAAACUGGACCAAUGUCAAAAAUUUUCCCAGCAGUACUCCACUAUUGUGAAGGACUAUGAGUUGCAGCUGAUGACGUACAAGGCCUUUGUGGAAUCGCAACAGAAAUCCCCUGGCAAGCGCCGCCGCAUGAUCUCCUCUUCAGAUGCCAUCACACAGGAGUUCAUGGACUUGAGGACCCGAUACACAGCUUUGGUGACAUUAACAACUCAGCAUGUGAAAUACAUCAGCGAUGCUCUCCGGCGGUUGGAGGAGGAGGAGAACUACAAGCAAGGAGUUAUUUAUUUAGCAUUGACAGCAUCGAGAAUCCUAGAAGGAUAUGAGCUCUCAGAAAAAGAGAAGGAACAGAUCUCCGAGCAGUUGAGCGCCCUGAACAAGACUUACCACGACCUUUGUGACGGCUCUGCCAGCCAGCUCCAGCAACUCCAAAGCGAGCUGGCUCAGCAGACAGAACAAAAGGGUUGCAGAGCUGUUGCUGGCGUGAUUGACCUAGGCACAGUGGAGAUAUUUCCCAUCUUCAGAGCCAUGCAAAGGGGCCUUAUUGACCAAGACACAGGCCUUGUGCUCCUGGAAUCCCAGGUUAUCAUGUCUGGCCUCAUUGCCCCUGAGAACAGUGAAAAACUCUCUUUGGAAGAGGGUCUCGCCAGAAACCUCAUUAACCUUCCAAUGUACCAACAGCUCCUGGAGCUGCAGGAUUCUCUGUCCUUAAUAAGCAGGCUUACAGAGACCCAAGGCCCCCUUUCUGUGGUGGAAGCAAUUGAAAAGAAAAUAAUCAGUGAGAGACUCGGACUGAAAAUCUUAGAAGCUCACCUGGCUACUGGAGGUUUCAGUCUCUCCCCAAGUGAGAACUGUAUUAAUUUGGAGGAAGCUUUUCAUCGAGGCUUCAUUUCAUCGUGGCUUCAUUCAGUAUUACAGUCUCACCUGAGAUCAUCCAAGAAUUUGAUAGACCCUAACACAGCUGAGAAAGUUAACUUGCUAGAACUGAUGCAGAGAUGUAUCAUCCAUCAAGAAUCAGGCCUGAAAUUGCUGCCUGUCAAGCAGUUGGCAGGGGGAAUGGUGAGCUUGAAGUCAGGUCGGAAGGUUAGCAUUUUCCGUGCCGUUCAGGAAGGAUUGAUAGAUAGGCAGGUCACUGUCCGACUGCUGGAAGCUCAGCUUUUUGCUGGUGGCAUAGUAGAUCCAAGAAUAGGACACAGACUUACAGUGGAAGAGGCUGUGAGACAUAAUUUGAUUGACCAAGAUAUGGCCUGUGCUAUUCUCAUAAGGCAGCUUCAGACAGGAGGCAUCAUUGACACUGUCACAGGGAAUAGGAUGACUAUGGAUGAAGCAGUGAGCAAUAAUCUAGUAGCUGCUAAGACUGCCCUUGUAAUUCUGGAAUCCCUCUGGUCAUUCAUGGGGUUACUAUGGCCUGAAUCUGGUGAGAUACUCCCAAUUACAGAUGCUCUAGAACAAGGUAUUGUGUCUACUGAAUUAGCACAUAAAAUUCUCAGUAAACGACAGCAAAUUGAGGCUCUUUUUCUACCAACAAUUACAGAGAUUUGGUCCUGGAAGAAAGCAACAGAGAGUGGUAUCUUAGAUAAAGAACUUGCCAAUAACUUAAGAUCAAUUUGUAUCCCUGAUGUUAUGCCUCACAUACAACUAGCAGACUCAGCAGAACAAAGUAAAUUAGGUGUUGCUCCUGGUACCCUACCCCUGUCGUGCCAAAGAGAGAAAAUAGUAAGCCAUGGAGAGAAGCUGUUGUUUCAACUGAUGACUCACAGCUACAUUAAUGUACAGACCGGGCAGAGACUGCUUCUGUUGGAUCAGGAGCUGCUGGAGAUGCUAUCAUCCAGAGAUGAAUAUCAAACAGAUCUUCCAGAUAUAUUUGAAAUUCAGCAUCAAAGACUAGACAUGUCUGGGGAAUUGCAAGAAUUGGAUACUGGAAAUAUCUCCCAAAUUUUCAGUGCUAAAUGUACUAGGAAGCCCUGUGAAUCCCAGUUUCUUUCUCAGAACAAAGGCUAUCCCAAACCGGAAAACUAUACUGAAGCAAAAGGCAAAAGGACUGCUGUAGGAAUAGAACACUCUUCUGAAGAGAGCCUUGAGAAGGAUCUUUUUGUAGGAGAACAAAAAGCAAUUACUUCAAACAUUGGCACUUUGAAGGUCAUAAAUAAAGUCAACUUAGAGCUUCAAAGUCCAUUGUUAGAUACUAGAAAGAAAGAACAAACAGAAAUGUUUAGCAAGGAAAAUAUCAGUGGGGGACCCCUCCUAGUGGAAUGUCCUAAGGAAUCUGAAGGCAUGCCUUUGGUGCUUGAGAAAGACCUCCUUUCUACUGAGAAAUCAGAAUGGCAAGCUCCCACAAAGACUUCCUUCACAUGUCAGAAAGAAAAAGUAAAGACUGUCAAAACUGAGUUUAUUCCAAGUGAAACUAUAAUACCCCUCAUAAAGUUCCAAAACAAAAACUCACAAUGUCAAGUGGAGACUUCAAGCUUGAAAUCAGAAUUUAAGUCAGAAAAUGGUAUGAAUAUUAAUUCUUUGGAGAAAGAGUUAAGUGGAACACUUUUGGUUAAGGAUAGCCACAGACAGAGCCAAGGACAGAGUGUUGCAGAUGGUCGCAUGGUGGUAUUAGAAAAGACUGAUACAGAUGGGGAUGGUGGUGAAUCUUCCUUGUUGUGUGGUCAUCCUUUUGAAUUGCCAGAAGAAGCCACCUUAAGUAAGUUAUCUUCACAGCUACUGGAUGGUGGUAUCAUCCAUGAAGAAACAGGUCAGAAAUUCUUACUAAAUGAAGCAAUAGGCCAAGGCCUUGUGUCUAGCCAUACUGCUGUGAAACUAAUGGGAAAACUGAACAUGUUUCGGGGCUUCUUUGACUCUCAGACCUGUGAGUCUUUGACAACUGAAGAAGUCAUUGAUGAAGGUCUGAUGGAUGAGAAAUUACUACAUAAUGUCCUUAUGUCAGACAAAGCUAUAAGUGGUGUCUUAGACCCCAGAACCAACUCACUGUGCUCUGUAAAGCAGGCCGUGGCAGCUGGACUUCUCGACAAGGAGCUAGCCACCAGGAUUUUAGAGGGCCAGGUGGUAACUGGGGGAAUUGUGGACCUGAAACGGGGCAAAAAGCUUUCAGUAACUUUGGCCUCAAAUCUUGGUUUGGUAGACAGUGCUGACCAGACAGACCUUAUAAAUCUGGAAAAGGCUACCAAAGGCAGAGAUGCUGAAAAAGCAGUUAAGAAGAGAUUAAUUGGGCUACAAAUGGAAACAACAGGACUUAUGGACCCUGAUAGUAAAGCACCAUUAACAGUUUUGCAGUCCAUUGAUAGAGGUCUUCUGGAGAGAGAAGAAGCUGUUUCUCUGUUGGCUAAGCAAGUACUUGAUGGUGGUAUCAUUCAUCAUAUUUCUGGGCUGAGACUUUCUGUUGAUAAUGCCUUCAAACAUGGCUUCAUUGCUGAAGAUGUAGCCAGGCAGCUCAAAAAAGUUGAGAAUUUAAAUCACCAUCAAUUUUUUCAUCCUCAAACAAAGGAAGCUCUUUCCUUCUCAGAAGCCAUAAAAUUAGAUCUUGUCUCUCCAGAGUUGAAAAGAGAAAUCCAAGAGAUUCAGGACUAUAGUGGGAACUUGGGAGAUCUCAUUUAUGGUCAGAAAUUGACCUUGGCAGAAGCUAACAAAGGAGGAUCCUUAGCUAAUAAGACAGAAUUACCUUCAGGAAUGAUACAUGGAGUCGUAGAUCCUGAGAACUGCAGAAUUAUUCCCUACUCAGAAUUAGUAAAGAAAUGUAGGAUUGACACUGAGUCUGGAUGGAGGUAUCUUGAAGUAAUCCCAUUCUCUGAUAUUAAAGAUGAGGUGAGCAACCAAGUACUACCAUUGUCUGAAGCAGUGCAGCAUGGCAAGGUAGAUUUUGCAUCUACACUGAAGGCUUUGGAAGCCCAGGCAAACACUGGUGGAAUUAUAGAUACAACCACAGGAAGAAGAUUGACAUUGGCAUCAGCUUUGGAACAGAAACUAUUGGAUGAAAACAUGGCCAGAAUUAUUGCUUUUCAUCAGAUUUUAAGUGGAGGAAUUAUUGAUAUAUAUAAUAAUCAAAGAGUGACUUUAAAGGAUGCUGUAGAGAAAAGAUUUAUUAGCCCUGAGCUGGCGUCUGUGAUCCAAGCAGAUACCUUAGAAAAGCAAGGUGGGACUGAAGUAUGUGAAUUGAAGGGUGAAUUCCCAAAAACGGAGUUACUAGUUGAGUGUGGGGAGACCUCCAAGGGGAGCUAUGAUAAAGAACAGCAUGGGAGAGUGGUCCAAGUUGCAAGUCAAUGUGUUCAAGAAAAGGUUAAAGGAAGGGUUUCUAGUAGGGGAAAGGCAGAAAGAGGUAGGAAGGUUUCACUGAAGGAGAUGGAAACUAAGUCUCAUGAUGAGGAGAAAGCUUCUUUGGACAAUAAAGUUCCUGCUGAUAUCAUAAGUCCUGGUGGUCUUGAAGGUGAACCUUCACACCAAGUUUCAGUGAUGCUUCCCUGUUCAGGAGCUUCUGAUUUGAAACCCAGAGAGGAAGCUAGAAGUCGCAUGAGAACAUGUGCAGAUGUAGAGCAAGAGAAAGUAGUGACACAAAUAAAAAUGAUUUCUCAUGUAGGACAAUCUACGUCAGGCCUGGAUGCUGAAGAAGCAAGAGAAUGUCGAGGGAAAAGGAUUUCAGAAGGCCAGGUAUCUCAUCGCGAAUCAGUCAGCGGACUGUUGAGUAAGCAGUCAGUGAAUGUGAGGGUUAACAGGGGAGUGGCUGUUGGGGAAAGUGUCCACACAGGCAAAGCAGCAGGCCUUCCUGAGGAAAGCUUGGACCAGGAAGUUACUGUUGGUGAUGAACAUGACUCGUGUGUAAAGAGCCAGUCUUUGUUAAUGAUUGGAAAUGACAAGAGAAAAGACAUUGGUAGAGAAAUGAACUUUUCUGUUAUUUGUAAAACUGAAGACUUCUCUUCCCAAGUGACAUCCAAAGAUGCUUCCCUACGGAAUCAAGGUGCUUUAACAUUCUUCAGCGAAGAGGAAAUGAAAACUGUGAACCUCUGCUCGAUCUUAAAGCCAGAAGAAAAGUUACCUCAAGAAAUUGCUAGUGAUGCCCAGAAGAAACCAUUUUCUUCUGAGAUCCCAAGACCUGAAAGACUAAAUGACCCAGACUCAGAUGGAGAAGUCCCUGUUUCAGACACAUUCCAAAUUUCCAAAAGAGACAUGUCUUCCCAAAGACCCAGCAGACAGAAUACUACCAAUGGCCACAAUCUGUGUGCUACAUCUAAGACUGGGGAGACCAAAGAUAAUAUUUUCACUUGUAGAGAUGAUAAAGAAAAGUUAUACCAAGAGAUACCUUUGGACUCAACAAGAGCUCUUAUAUGGAAAGAACCCACAGUUUCUACCAUAAAUACAGAAGUAGUCAGUCAUCUAGACUCCUCAGAUAGAAAACAUCUUCAUGAAGAUAGCAAAGGGGAUCAUGAGCUUUGUGAACAUGAAAAAUCUAAAAUAGCAACAACCCAGGAAACAAAAUUUCUUGAAAUAGUAAAUCCCAUAAUUAGAGACCCAGAAGAAGGGUCCUCUGAAGACACAGUGGGUCAGAAAGAACCCAGGGUCUUUUUUCCAGAGAAAUUGCCCAAAGGAAUAUUACUGAAGGAGAAUGUAGAACAACACAAUGCUGUCACUAGUCCCACUGUUUCAGAAGUCAGUGAAGAAAUGCCAGUGUCCCUGCCAUAUUCUACAGUGAAGAUAGGUGAGAAGGUGCCUCAGGAAAAGUACAAAGAAAUCCUUGGUGAAGAACAAGCUCCCUUCAUGGCUGUACCUGGUGAGAAGGGGAGAGAAGGUGUAAACCCAGUGCCCUGCAGAACUACUCAGAAUGUGUUUACCCGACGACUUUGUUUAGAGCAUGAUGAGAAGCUGGUGUCCUAUCUUUCCCUCUUACGGGACAUUGAAAUGAGAACCAAACAGAUUCAGCCUUUGGAGCUUAAUGUGGCAGAGCUGCAGGAUCUGCUGUGUCAGGCCAAGGUAUUAGACAGGGAGCUGAAAGAUCUGUCCACCGUGGUGAGUCAGGAAUUGGAGUGUGUGGAUACGAUUGUUAUCAGCCAGCCGCAAGAAGUUCCUGCUCAGCUGCUGAAGGCAUUAGAGAAAGAUGCCAGGAAUCUUCAGAAGUCUCUAGACUCCGUUAGUGACUCUUGGGGUUCCAGACUCCUCUGCCUCCAGAAUGCCAUGGAAGUCAAACAGACCGCAGUGUUCAAUCAGCACACAGAACUAGAAGACAAACUUGAAGACCUGAGAGCCUGGGUUGACAGAACCAGUCUUACUCUGAACAGCAGGGGAUGUGUCAGUGAAACUGAUGCAGACAGCCUGCGUCACUCUCUCCAGCAGUGUGAGGUUAUAAAACAGUCUAUAGCUGUAAGGAAAUCUCAGCUGGACAUUCUUGCUUUGGAUGUUGAGCUCUUUACCACUGAGCAUGCGCGAGAUCUAUCUCCUGAGCAGAACCAACAGAUGCUGCAGUUUCUGAAUGAAUUACAGAGGUCCUUCCAGGACCUUGUGGAACAGACUGCAGCUCAGAUGGAUGCAUUGCAGGGCCAUCUUCAGCAAAUCCAGCAAGAAGUUCAGGUUAAGACUCUGCAGAAGCAACAAAAUACCUGCCAUCAGAAGCUGGAGGACCUUCGCAGCUGGGUCGGACAGGCAGAAAGAGCUCUGGUGAGACACCAGGGCGGAGCCUCUCAGCAAGAUCUUUCUGCUUUGCGGAAAGACCAAAGGGGCUUGAAGGAUUUGCAGGAUGAUAUUCAGAAUCAUUCUGCCUCAUUUGUCUCGGCUGUCAAAGACGUUGAAGGGUUCCUGGAAGAGAACCAGACCAAGCUGAGCCCCCAAGAGUUAAUGUCUCUUCGAGAAAAACUUCAUCAGGCUAAGGAGCAAUAUGAGGUUCUCCAGGAAAGGACACGGGUAGCUCAGAAGGAGCUGGAGGAAGCAGUGACGUCAGCCUUACAGCACGAGACAGAGAAGAGUAAAGCAGCAACCGAGCUGGCAGAGAACAGGAGGAAGAUUGAUGCUCUCUUGGAUUGGGUGACUUCUGUGGGGUCAUCUGAAAGACAGCUGCAGGCCAGCCUUCUAGGAAUGGAGCAACUCUCUGGAGCUAGCCUUGAAAAACGAGCCUUGGAUGCCCCCGAUGGUUAUGUGGAGGUGAACCAAGUACCAGAGAAACUGGACAGGCAAUAUGAGUUAAUGAAGGCACGUCACCAAGAAUUGCUGUCUCAGCAGCAGAAUUUUAUUGUGGCCACCCAGUCAGCUCAGGCCUUCCUGAACCAACAUGGUCACAAUCUUACACCUGAGGAACGACAGAAGCUACAAGAGAAACUAGGUGAACUGAAGGAACAAUAUGCAGCUUCCCUGGCCCAGUCAGAGGCAGAGCUGAAGCAGACGCAGACACUGCGAGAUGAACUACAGAAGUUCCUGCAAGAUCAUAGGGAAUUUGACAGCUGGCUAGAACGAUCUGAGAAUGAGCUGAACAGUAUGCAUAAGGGCAGCAGCAGUCCUGAAGCCCUGUGCUCCUUGCUAAAGCGGCAAGGAAGCUUCUCAGAGGAUGUCAUUUCCCACAAAGGAGACUUGAGAUUUGUGACUAUCUCAGGACAGAAAGUCUUAGACACAGAAAACAAUUUUGAGGAAGGCCAGGAACCAUCAGCUACCAGAAACUUAGUGAAUGAAAAGCUGAAGGACGCAACAGAAAGAUAUAGCACGCUCCACUCUAAGUGUACACGAUUGGGCUCUCACUUGAACAUGCUGCUAGGCCAGUAUCAGCAAUUCCAGAGCAGCGCUGACAGCCUGCAGGCGUGGCUGUUGACUUGUGAGGCCAGUGUGAAGAAGCUCCUCUCAGAACCUGUUGCCUCUGACCCUGCAAUCCUGCAACAGCAGCUUGCAACAACAAAGCAGUUACAGGAAGAAUUGGCUGAGCACCAAGUCCCUGUAGAGAAGCUUCAGAAAGCAGCCCAUGACCUAAUGGAAAUUGAAGGAGAGCCAGCCCUGGACCCCAGGCCUAUUCAAGAAACCACAAAUUCCAUAUUCAGCCGCUUCCAGAGCCUCUCCUGUAGCUUGGCUGAGCGCUCUGCUUUGCUGCAGAAGGCGAUUGCUCAAUCUCAGAGUGUUCAGGAAAGCCUAGAGAACCUGUUGCAGUCCAUGAGGGAAGUUGAACAAAACCUGGAAGGGGAGCAGGUGGCAUCACUCUCAUCAGGAGUCAUCCAGGAAGUCUUGGCCAACAACAUGAAACUGAAACAAGACAUUGCUAGACAAAAAAGCAGCUUGGAAGCCACCCAUGAGAUGGUCACUCAGUUCAUGGAGACUGCUGACAGCACCACAGCCUCAGUGCUGCAGGGCAAACUGGCAGAGGUGAGCCAGCGCUUCGAACAGCUCCAGCGCCAGCAGCAAGAAAAAGAGAGCAACCUAAAGAAGCUCCUGCCCCAGGCAGAGAUGUUUGAGCAGCUCUCCAGCAAGCUUCAGCAGUUCAUGGAAAACAAAAGUCGAAUGCUGGCCUCUGGGAAUCAGCCAGAUCAAGAUAUUGCACAUUUCUCCCAACAGAUCCAGAGAGAGAAAGAUGCAUCAACUUGCCAGGAGCAGUUGGAUGAAUUCCGGAAGCUGAUUAGAACCUUCCAGAAAUGGCUGAAAGAAACUGAAGGAAAUGUUCCACCUGUAGAUACUUUCAUGAGUACUAAGGAACUGGAAAAGCAGAUUGAACACUUGAAUGGUCUUCUAAAUGACUGGGCGAGUAAGGGGAUUCUGGUGGAAGAAAUCAGUUGUAAGGGGAGUUCCUUAGAAAAUCUCAUCAUGGAGAUCACAGCACCUGAUUCCCAAGCUAAGACAGGUUCCAUACUACCCUCUGUAGGAAGCUCUGUAGGCAGUGUAAACGGAUACCACACCUGCAAAGAUCUUACAGAAAUCCAGUGUGACAUGUCUGAUGUAAAUUCAAAGUAUGAGAAACUGGGAGAAGUCCUUCGAGAACGCCAGGAAAGCCUUCAGACUGUCCUCAGCAGAAUGGAGGAGGUUCAGAAAGAAGCAAGCUCUGUAUUACAGUGGUUAGAAUCAAAAGAGGAAAUUCUGAAAGCCAUGGAUGCCUCUUUGUCUCCAACCAAGACAGAAACAGUAAAAGCCCAAGCAGAAUCUAACAAGGCUUUCCUGACUGAAUUGGAACAGAAUUCCCCUAAGAUCCAGAAAGUAAAGGAAGCUCUGGCUGGAUUAUUGAGGACAUAUCCCAACUCAAAAGAAGCAGAAAACUGGAAAAAAAUGCAAGAAGAGCUCAAUUCCCGAUGGGAAAAGGCCACCGAGGUUACUGUGGCUCGCCAAAAGCAGCUAGAGGAAUCUGCAAGCCAUCUGGCCUGUUUCCAAACUGCAGAAUCCCAGCUCCGCCCUUGGCUGAUGGAGAAGGAACUGAUGAUGGGAGUUCUGGGACCCCUAUCUAUUGACCCCAACAUGUUGAAUGCACAGAAACAGCAGGUCCAGUUUAUGCUGAAGGAAUUUGAAGCACGAAGGCAACAGCAUGAGCAGCUGAAUGAGGCAGCUCAGGGCAUCCUAACAGGGCCUGGAGAUAUCUCUCCAUCCACCAGCCACGUGCAGAGAGACCUCCAAAGCAUCAAUCAGAAGUGGGUUGAGCUCACUGACAAGCUUAACUCUCGUUCCAGCCAAAUUGAUCAAGCUAUUGUUAAAAGUACCCAGUACCAAGAGUUGCUCCAGGACUUAUCAGAAAAGGUGAAAGCAGUUGGGCAGCGACUGAGUGGCCAGUCGGCCAUCAGCACCCAACCUGAUGCUGUAAAGCAGCAACUAGAGGAAACCAGUGAGAUUCGGUCUGACUUGGGACAAUUAGACAAUGAGAUUAAGGAGGCUCAGACGCUGUGUGAUGAACUCUCGCUGCUCAUUGGUGAGCAGUACCUCAAGGAUGAGCUGAAGAAACGUUUGGAGACAGUUGCCCUGCCACUCCAAGGCUUAGAAGAACUUGCAGCUGAUCGCAUGAACAGACUCCAGGCAGCUCUUGCCAGCACCCAGCAAUUCCAACAAAUGUUUGAUGAGCUGAGGACCUGGUUGGAUGAAAAACAAAGCCAGCAAGCAAAAAUCUGCCCAAUUUCUGCAAAAUUGGAGCGACUCCAGUCUCAGCUACAAGAGAAUGAAGAGUUUCAGAAGAACCUUAAUCAACACAGUGGUUCCUAUGAGGUGAUUGUGGCUGAGGGGGAAUCUCUACUGCUUUCUGUGCCUCCUGGAGAAGAGAAAAAGACUUUACAAAAUCAGUUGGUUGAACUCAAAAGCCACUGGGAAGACCUUAGUAAAAAAACUGCAGACCGACAGUCUAGGCUCAAGGACUGUCUGCAGAAAGCUCAGAAAUAUCAGUGGCAUGUGGAAGACCUUGUGCCCUGGAUAGAAGAUUGCAAGGCCAAGAUGUCUGAGUUGCAGGUUACUUUGGAUCCAGUGCAGUUGGAGGCCAGCCUCUUGAGGUCAAAGGCAAUGCUGAGUGAGGCAGAGAAGCGCCGCUCCCUGCUGGAAGUACUGAAUAGUGCUGCUGACAUUCUGAUCAAUUCUUCAGAAAUAGAUGAAGAUGAGAUCCGGGAUGAGAAGGCUGGACUCAACCAGAACAUGGAUGCCAUUACAGAGGAGCUACAGGCCAAAACGGGCUCUCUAGAAGAAAUGACUCAGAGGCUCAAGGAAUUCCAGGAAAGCUUUAAGAAUAUUGAAAAGAAGGUUGAAGGAGCCAAACACCAGCUUGAAAUCUUCGAUGCUCUGGGCUCUCAAGCCUGUAGCAACAAGAAUCUUGAGAAGCUAAGAGCUCAGCAAGAAGUUCUGCAGGCCCUGGAGCCUCAGGUAGACUACCUGAGGAACUUCACUCAGGGACUGGUGGAAGAUGCCCCAGCUGGAUCUGAUGCCUCCCCACUUGUGCAUCAAGCUGAGGUCGCCCAGCAAGAGUUCCUAGAGGUGAAACAACGAGUGAACAGUGCUUGCCUGACCAUGGAGAACAAGCUAGAGGGGAUUGGGCAGUUUCACUGUCGAGUUCGAGAAAUGUUUUCUCAGUUGGCUGACCUGGAUGAUGAGCUAGAUGGCAUGGGAGCCAUUGGUAGAGACACGGAUAGCCUCCAGUCACAAAUUGAGGAUGUGCGGCUAUUCCUUAACAAAAUCCAAGCCCUCAGGGUUGACAUAGAAGACUCUGAAGCAGAGUGUCGAAAAAUGUUGGAGGAAGAGGGGACUGUGGACUUACUAGGUCUCAAGAGGGAGCUAGAAGCCCUUAAUAAACAGUGUGGUAAACUGACAGAGAGAGGGAAAGCCCGCCAGGAGCAGCUGGAGCUCACACUGGGCAGAGUGGAGGACUUCUACAGGAAACUGAAAGCGCUCAAUGAUGCCACGGCAGCUGCAGAAGAGGCCGAAGCGCUCCAGUGGGUUGUGGGCACUGAAGUGGAUGUCAUCAGCCAGCAGCUGGCAGACUUUAAGACGUUUCAGAAAGAACAAGUGGAUCCUCUACAGGUGAAAUUGCAGCAAGUAAAUGGUCUUGGCCAGGGAUUAAUUCAGAGUGCAGGAAAAAACUGUGACGUGCAGGGUUUAGAACAUGACAUGGAGGAGAUCAAUACUCGAUGGAAUACACUGAAUAAGAAGGUUGCACAAAGAAUUGCACAACUGCAGGAGGCUUUGUUACAUUGUGGGAAAUUUCAAGAUGCCUUGGAGCCAUUGCUCAGCUGGUUGGCAGACACUGAGGAGCUCAUAGCCAAUCAGAAGCCUCCAUCUGCUGAGUAUAAAGUGGUGAAAGCACAGAUUCAAGAGCAGAAGUUGCUCCAGCGACUCCUAGAUGAUCGGAAGGCCACCGUGGAUAUGCUUCAGGCAGAAGGAGGCAGAAUAGCACAGUCAGCUGAGCUGGCUGAUAGAGAGAAAAUCAACGGACAGCUGGAGAGUCUUGAACGUAGAUGGACUGAGCUCCUCAACAAGGCAGCAGCCAGGCAAAAACAGCUGGAAGAUAUCUUGGUUCUGGCCAAACAAUUCCAUGAGACAGCUGAGCCUAUUUCUGACUUCUUAUCUGUCACAGAGAAAAAGCUUGCUAACUCGGAACCUGUUGGCACUCAGACUGCCAAAAUACAUCAGCAGAUUAUUCGUCACAAGGCCUUAAAUGAAGAAAUUAUUAAUAGAAAGAAGAAUGUAGAUCAAGCUAUUAAAAAUGGUCAGGCUCUUCUAAAGCAAACUACAGGUGAGGAAGUGUUACUUAUCCAGGAGAAGCUGGACGGAAUAAAGACCCGUUACGCAGACAUUACAGUCACUAGCUCCAAGGCCCUCAGAACUUUAGAACAAGCCCGGCAGCUGGCCACCAAGUUCCAUUCUACAUAUGAGGAACUAACUGGGUGGCUGAGGGAGGUGGAGGAAGAACUGGCAGCCAGUGGAGGACAGUCUCCCACAGGGGAGCAAAUACCCCAGUUUCAGCAAAGACAGAAGGAACUGAAGAAGGAGGUCAUGGAGCACAGGCUGGUGUUGGACACAGUGAAUGAGGUGAGCCAUGCUCUCCUAGAGCUGGUGCCCUGGAGAGCCAGAGAAGGGCUGGAUAAGCUUGUGUCUGAUGCCAACGAGCAGUACAAACUGGUCAGUGACACUAUUGGACAAAGGGUGGAUGAAAUUGAUGCUGCUAUUCAGAGAUCACAACAGUAUGAGCAAGCUGCAGAUGCAGAACUAGCCUGGGUUGCUGAAACAAAGCGAAAGCUGAUGGCGCUUGGUCCAAUCCGUCUAGAGCAAGACCAGACCACGGCUCAGCUGCAGGUACAGAAGGCUUUCUCCAUUGACAUCAUCCGACACAAAGAUUCAGUGGAUGAACUGCUCAGUCACCGUGGUGAAAUAUUUAGCACAUGUGGAGAGGAGCAGAAAGCUGUACUGCAGGAGAAAACUGAGUGCCUAAUACAGCAAUAUGAAGCCGUUAGCCUGCUCAACUCAGAGCGCUAUGCCCGCCUAGAGCGGGCACAGGUCCUGGUGAACCAGUUUUGGGAAACAUACGAAGAGCUUAGCCCCUGGGCUGAAGAAACUCUAGCAUUAAUAGCACAGCUGCCCCCUCCAGCUGUUGAUCAUGAGCAACUCAGACAGCAGCAGGAAGAGAUGAGGCAACUGAGGGAAUCCAUUGCUGAACACAAGCCUCAUAUUGAUAAGAUACUAAAGAUAGGGCCACAGUUAAAGGAGUUAAACCCUGAAGAAGGAAAAAUGGUGGAAGAAAAAUACCAGAAAGCAGAAAACAUGUAUGCCCAAAUAAAAGAUGAGGUGCGCCAACGGGCCCUGGCUCUGGAUGAGGCUGUGUCCCAGUCUGCUCAGUUUCAUGAUAAAAUUGAACCCAUGUUGGAAACUCUGGAGAAUCUUUCUUCUCGCCUACGGAUGCCGCCCCUGAUUCCUGCUGAAGUCGAAAAGAUUAGAGAGUGCAUCAGUGACAAUAAAAGUGCCACCAUGGAGCUAGAAAAACUGCAGCCAUCUUUUGAGGCCCUGAAGCGUCGUGGAGAGGAACUCAUUGGGAGAUCUCUGGGAGCAGACAAGGAUCUGGCUGCAAAAGAAAUUCAGGACAAGCUGGAUCAAAUGGUAUUCUUCUGGGAGGACAUCAAAGCACGGUCUGAAGAGCGAGAGAUUAAAUUCCUUGAUGUCCUUGAGUUAGCGGAAAAGUUCUGGUAUGACAUGGCAGCUCUCCUGACGACUAUCAAAGACACCCAGGAUAUUGUCCAUGACUUGGAAAGCCCUGGCAUUGACCCCUCCAUCAUCAAGCAACAGGUUGAAGCUGCUGAGACAAUUAAGGAGGAGACAGAUGGUCUGCAUGAGGAAUUGGAGUUCAUUAGAAUCCUUGGAACAGAUUUGAUUUUUGCCUGUGGAGAAACUGAGAAACCUGAAGUGAAGAAGAGCAUUGAUGAGAUGAAUAAUGCUUGGGAGAAUUUAAACAAAACUUGGAAAGAAAGGCUAGAAAAACUUGAGGAUGCCAUGCAAGCAGCUGUGCAGUAUCAGGACACUCUCCAGGCUAUGUUUGACUGGCUAGACAACACUGUGAUCAAACUCUGCACCAUGCCUCCAGUGGGCACUGACCUCAACACUGUCAAAGAUCAGUUAAAUGAAAUGAAGGAGUUCAAAGUAGAAGUCUACCAACAACAAAUUGAGAUGGAAAAACUCAUUCACCAGGGUGAAUUGAUGUUAAAGAAAGCUACUGAUGAAACAGACAGAGACAUUAUACGAGAACCAUUAACAGAACUCAAACACCUCUGGGAGAACCUGGAUGAGAAAAUUGCCCAUCGACAGCAUAAGCUAGAAGGUGCUCUCUUGGCCCUUGGUCAGUUCCAGCAUGCCCUAGAAGAACUAAUGAGUUGGUUAACUCACACUGAAGAGCUGCUUGAUGCUCAGAGACCAAUAAGUGGAGAUCCAAAAGUCAUUGAAGUUGAACUUGCAAAACACCAUGUUCUGAAAAAUGAUGUUUUGGCUCAUCAAGCCACCGUGGAAACAGUCAACAAAGCUGGCAAUGAACUUCUUGAAUCUAGUGCUGGAGAUGAUGCCAGCAGCCUAAGGAGCCGCCUGGAAACCAUGAACCAGUGCUGGGAAUCUGUGCUGCAAAAGACAGAGGAGAGGGAGCAGCAGCUCCAGUCAACUCUGCAGCAGGCCCAGGGUUUCCACAGUGAAAUUGAAGAUUUCCUCUUGGAACUCAAUAGAAUGGAGAGCCAGCUUUCUGCAUCCAAGCCUACAGGAGGACUCCCUGAAACUGCUAGAGAACAGCUUGACACACACAUGGAACUGCAUUCUCAGCUGAGAGCCAAGGAAGAGACUUACAAUCAGCUGCUUGACAAGGGAAGGCUUAUGCUCCUCAGCCGUGGUGAUUCUGGGUCUGGCUCAAAGACUGAGCAGAGCGUGGUUCUCUUGGAACAGAAGUGGCACGUGGUUAGCAGUAAGAUGGAAGAAAGAAAGUCAAAGCUCGAAGAAGCCCUCAGCCUGGCAACAGAAUUCCAGAAUUCCCUGCAAGAAUUUAUCAACUGGCUUACUCUGGCAGAGCAGAGUUUAAACAUCGCCUCGCCUCCCAGUCUGAUUUUGAACACUGUUCUUUCCCAGAUAGAAGAGCAUAAGGUUUUUGCUAAUGAAGUAAACGCUCAUCGAGACCAGAUCAUUGAGCUGGAUCAAACAGGGAACCAGUUAAAGUUCCUUAGUCAGAAACAGGAUGUUGUCUUGAUCAAGAAUCUGUUAGUUAGUGUCCAGUCUCGGUGGGAGAAGGUUGUUCAGAGAUCUGUUGAAAGGGGGCGAUCACUGGAUGAUGCCAGGAAGCGGGCAAAACAAUUCUAUGAAGCUUGGAAAAAACUGAUUGACUGGCUAGAAGAUGCAGAGAGUCAUCUGGACUCAGAACUGGAGAUUUCCAAUGACCCAGACAAAAUAAAACUCCAGCUUUCUAAACAUAAGGAAUUUCAGAAAACUCUCGGUGGCAAACAGCCUGUGUACGAUACCACAAUCAGAACUGGCAGAGCUCUCAAAGACAAGACUUUGCUUGCUGAUGAUACUCAGAAACUCGACAACUUGCUAGGAGAAGUCAGAGACAAAUGGGAUACCGUCUGUGGCAAGUCUGUAGAGCGGCAGCACAAGUUGGAAGAAGCCUUACUGUUUUCAGGACAGUUCAUGGAUGCUUUGCAGGCCUUAGUCGACUGGUUGUACAAGGUGGAGCCACAGUUGGCUGAGGACCAGCCUGUACACGGGGACCUUGACCUCGUCAUGAACCUCAUGGAUGCCCAUAAGGUUUUCCAAAAAGAACUGGGAAAGCGAACGGGCACUGUUCAGGUCCUAAAGCGGUCAGGCAGAGAGCUGAUUGAGAACAGUAGGGACGACACAACGUGGGUCAAGGGGCAGCUCCAGGAACUGAGUACUCGCUGGGAUACUGUGUGCAAACUCUCUGUUUCCAAGCAAAGCCGACUUGAGCAGGCCUUAAAACAGGCAGAAGAGUUUCGGGACACAGUCCAUAUGCUGUUGGAGUGGCUUUCUGAAGCAGAGCAAACACUUCGCUUCCGAGGGGCCCUUCCUGACGACACAGAGUCCCUACAGUCUCUCAUUGACACGCACAAGGAGUUCAUGAAGAAAGUAGAAGAAAAACGGGUGGAUGUGAACACAGCAGUGGCGAUGGGAGAAGUUAUCCUGGCUGUCUGCCAUCCUGACUGCAUCACGACCAUCAAACACUGGAUCACCAUCAUCCGAGCUCGCUUUGAGGAGGUCCUGACAUGGGCAAAACAACACCAGCAACGCCUGGAAGCAGCUCUGUCAGAACUGGUGGCUAAUGCUGAGCUCCUGGAAGAACUCUUAGCCUGGAUCCAGUGGGCUGAGACCACCCUAAUCCAGCGGGAUCAGGAGCCUAUCCCUCAGAAUAUAGACCGAGUUAAAGCUCUUAUCACUGAGCAUCAGUCAUUCAUGGAAGAGAUGACACGCAAACAACCUGAUGUGGACCGGGUCACCAAGACAUAUAAGAGGAAGACUGCAGAGCCUGCCCAUGCUCCUUUCAUCGAGAAGCCCCGCGGUGGUAGCAGAAAGUCCUUGAGUCAACCCACACCUCCUCCCAUGCCAAUCCUCUCACAAUCUGAAGCAAAAAACCCACGAAUCAACCAGCUCUCUGCCCGCUGGCAGCAAGUAUGGCUGUUAGCACUGGAACGCCAGCGGAAGCUGAAUGAUGCCUUGGACAGACUAGAGGAGCUAUGCCCGGAAUUAAAGGAAUUUGCCAACUUUGACUUUGAUGUCUGGAGGAAAAAGUAUAUGCGUUGGAUGAAUCACAAAAAAUCUCGAGUCAUGGAUUUCUUCCGGCGUAUUGACAAGGACCAGGAUGGGAAGAUAACGCGUCAGGAGUUCAUCGACGGCAUUUUAGCUUCCAAGUUUCCUACCACCAAGUUAGAGAUGACGGCUGUGGCUGACAUUUUUGACAGAGAUGGGGAUGGCUACAUUGACUACUAUGAAUUUGUGGCUGCCCUACAUCCCAACAAGGAUGCCUAUCGACCAACAACUGAUGCAGAUAAAAUUGAAGAUGAGGUCACAAGACAAGUGGCACAGUGCAAGUGUGCAAAAAGAUUUCAGGUGGAACAGAUUGGAGAGAAUAAAUACCGGUUCUUCCUCGGCAAUCAGUUUGGGGAUUCUCAGCAGUUGCGGCUGGUCCGUAUUCUGCGCAGCACUGUGAUGGUCCGUGUUGGUGGAGGAUGGAUGGCCUUGGAUGAGUUCUUAGUGAAAAACGAUCCCUGCCGAGCACGAGGCAGAACUAACAUAGAGCUUCGAGAAAAAUUCAUCCUGCCAGAAGGGGCAUCCCAGGGAAUGACUCCAUUCCGAUCACGGGGUCGAAGGUCCAAGCCUUCUUCCCGAGCAGCUUCUCCCACUCGCUCCAGCUCAAGUGCUAGUCAGAGUAAUCACAGCUGUACGUCCAUGCCUUCUUCUCCAGCCACCCCAGCCAGCGGGACCAAGGUUAUUCCAUCGACAGGCAGCAAGCUGAAACGGCCAACACCAACUUUCCAUUCUAGCCGGACAUCCCUUGCUGGCGACACCAGCAAUAGCUCUUCUCCAGCUUCCACAGGUGCCAAAACUAACCGGGCAGACCCUAAAAAGUCCGCCAGCCGUCCUGGGAGUCGGGCUGGAAGCCGGGCCGGGAGUCGAGCCAGCAGCCGGAGAGGAAGCGAUGCGUCUGACUUUGACCUUCUAGAGACUCAGUCAGCUUGUUCAGACACUUCUGAGAGCAGCGCUGCAGGGGGCCAGGGCAGCUCCAGAAGAGGGCUCACCAAACCUUCCAAAAUCCCAACCAUGUCUAAGAAGACCACCACUGCCUCCCCCAGGACUCCGGGUCCCAAGCGAUAACACUGUACAAGCACCCCAUACCAUAUCCACUUUGAAUCCUGCUCCAUACAUUGGGUGUAUAUUUAUUCUGAACGGGAGAAGUUAUAUUGUUAAAAUUGUAAAAGAAUAAUUGUGUUAUGAAGCUGCCUUAUUUUUUUUUCCUUUUUGUAAGUUACUAUUUUCAUGUGAAUAUUUAUGUAGAUAAAAUUUGCCUCCUGGUAACCCUGUAAUGGAUGGGGCCCAGAGAUGAAAUAUUUGAGGAAAACAAAAGGUCAAGACGUAAAUGUGUAUUAAAAAGAAAAGCCUAAAUAGGGUUCAUGUGGCGCAGGGUUGUAAACCUGCUUUAUCUUUUAGGAGUAUUCCUAAAUGCAUCUUUAUAAACUUAACUUGCUAUAUCAGCAAGAUAAAUUAUAUUAAAAAAUAAGAAUUCCGCAAUGUUUAAGGAACUCUUCUUUUUAAAUCACAGACACCUCAAUUAGCAAGAACUAAGGAGAGGGCACUUGCAUUUCCAUUGUUCUCCUGUCAUGGAAUUUUAGCUGAAGAGACAGAACCUCAUCUAGAUAGCUUUUGCAUAUAAUACAGCAAAGAGUUCAUUGCAAUACUGUCUUAAAAUAAAGUCUCAGUACUGGAUGUUAAAGGCACAUAGCUGCUAGGAUUCAGGGGUAAAAGGAAACUUCAGAACAUUGGGGUUUUAAACUGAUUUGUAACAACUGUCCAGCCUAGCCAUCAGUAACUCCUGUGCUCACCAGGCCUCAGGCCCUGGUGAGGGAGACUCCUUGGUGGCACUGUGAAUUACAGAUUUGUUUAUCUGCUUUUUUCUUUCUUUUUUCUUUUCUUGCUAUUUAUUUAAUACGAUCAACCUCCCACAAAUUGAGGAAUGAAUUCCAUAAGCCUAUUUUGAAAUGUGGACCUAAGACAAACACUUGCUCAUCCUUUGACGGAGUUCACCAGCACACCUGUUCACCAGUCCCGUUUGCUUCCGUCUUUUUGUGUGUAAUAAAGUCAGCUGACCAAGUGACCAUGAAGGGGGGCUGUCUGGGGCUCCUAUUUUUUAGCUGCUGUUCCUCGUCAGCUCGGACCAUGUUGCUGUGUGAUUAUCUCAAUUGGUUUUAAUUGAGGAGAAAUUGAAGCUCUACCAAUGAACUGUUUAAAAACAAGACACACUUUUGUAUUAAAAUUGCUUGCGGUAACAAAUGUUUUGUAAUUCCUGGCUUUAUUCUGAACCACUACUUUAUAUUUAAAUGUUACCCCUAAGGCAUAAAAAUGUUGUAGUACUUAUUCAACAAGAGUUUUCUUGAUGAAAAAAA